GCAGGCGCCAGACCCCCAGGCGGAGCGACAGGUCUCGGGCCCCCCGGCGGAGUGACGGGCGCCGGACCCCCAGGCGGAGCGACAGGUACCGAGUUACCAGGCACGACAAUGGGCUCUGAGUCAAUUGGCACGACAGCGGGCUCCGGGUCAUCAGGCAUUGGAUUGUCUGGCUCGAUAGCGGGCAUCGGGUCACCAGUUAUGACAGCGGGCACUGGGUCACCAGGCAUCAGGUCAUUUGGCUCGCCAGCGGGCACCGCGUCAUCUGGCAAGGCAGUGGGCACCGAGUCACCAGGCACGACAGUGGGCUCUGAGUCAAUUGGCACGACAGCGGGCACCGGGUCAUCAGGUACCGGAUCGUCUGGCUCGACAGCAGGCACCGGGUUAUCUGGCGCUGGAUCGUCUGGCUCGACAGCGGGCAUCGGGUCACCAGGCAUGACAGUGGGCACCGGGUCAUCAGGUACCGGAUCGUCUGGCUCGACAGCGGGCACUGGGUCAUCAGGCGUGAUAGGAUCAUCAGGCUGGAUCAGUUCAUCAGGCUGGGUACAGACAUCAGGCUGGGUACAGACAUCAGGCUGAAGUGCAGACGGCAGGCUCACCGGUUUGGAUACUGGCAGGAUGGUACUGGUUGGAAAGAAUUUCCGCUUUUUUCUGGUUUUAACUACUGGGGCACUGCAAGUAAACGCAGGUUUGUAAACGGAUGGAGCAGCUGAGGACAGAGAAGAGCUGGAAGAUGGAAAAGGGGAGGGAACAGUUGCUACAGAGGGCUUCUUUAUAGGGUUAAAGAAAGGAUAGGUGCAGCGAGUGGGAGCAGAGGACUGGUAUGUGGUAGUUAG